AUGCCUUUCAACAUCUCCACAACAUCCUCCUUCUUCACCUCAACCUCCACAAACGCCUCGGCCACAACCUCCGACGGCACAAGAACCCACACCUCGCAGGCUGGCCACCGCUACGUCAAGGACUCGCACACGGACCGCGACGGAACAACUACCGUGCGCACGAUCAGACAGGAUCUGGGGCAGCCCGUUAUCGUCGAGGAGCAUCGGUAUGAUCGCGAUGGGCGCGAGUUGGCGGCGCUGCCGGAUGCGAAGAGGGAGGGGGAGGGGAUGAGGAGGAUUGAGGAUGUUGAGGAUGAGGAGUAUGAGAUUGUCUAG